UUUUGAGAGUGCUCCAAACCACGCUGGUGACAUUCCGGUCGCUCCAUCGCACAAGCACACAAGCUGCACACACGCACCCGAACUGGAAAGGAGCUGCACGAUAUAGAUGGAGUCCCGAUCCAUGCCCAAGGAUUUCGAAGAACUCAUCGAUACUGUCGCGACGUCAGAAGACUUGGCGCAGACACUGGUCCAUGCCAAGCGCCACAAUUCAGCAUCAAAAGCAACUGAACGACGACGUGAACAGUGCCGCGUGAGCCAAAAGUCGUUCCGCGAGCGCAAGAAGAAAGAACAAGAAGGUAUCGAAAGCACCGUGCAGUCGCUGGAAGAAGAAGUUCAAAGGUUGGAAGCGCAAAAGGCCAUGCUUGUGCGGUGCGUCCCGCUGUCGACAAUUCUCGUCCACCAGCCGGACUUUGACGGUGGCGUUCCCACCAAACUUGUGCGGAAAUACAUAUCGGUCUUCAAAACCGGAUAUAUUCCGUCGAAGCGGCGCAUGAGUGAGCGGCAAGAGAAGUUUCUCCGGUCCAUUGCACACGAAAGCAUCAAUUACAAUGGCUCGAUUGGCAUACAGAGCAUUUUGUCGAAUUGGGAGCGCUACACGAAUUCGUUUGCCUCGGUGAACAUGGAGGCGCUGUCGUGCGAUGUGAUGAAGACAGACGACGGUGCAAUCGUCAAGGGUGUGACAAAGUCGACUCUCAAAAUGAGUCGGCAGUCCAUUGGCCUUUUUUUCCCUAACUGCCCCGAAGUCCUCAAGCCAUCCUUGGUACAAAUGUUUUGUAUGGGUCGAGCGAGCUCUGUUAAUAAGUGGUGCAGAUCGGCCAAAAUCUCGUCGUCAUUGCCACGAUGCACUGGUCUUUCGACGAACACGACAAGCUGUCCCUCCUCACUGGCCGUGCCGAUUUUACGAAUGGGCUCAUGACACUGCUUCGAAAUCCAGCGGACGUCGAGGCAGUGCUGUCAAAGUCGCGCAUCAUUCCACCCGUUGCUUCAUACGCCUCUCCACCAACCUCUUCGUCAAGAUCCGUCCAAAAUGGAAGCAGUGGCGUCAAGAUGCAUAUGAAUUACCUCCAAGCAUAACGUAUCGCGGCAUGGGGAAUUGUCUUGUGCCGCAUCACAUCGCAAGGUCGGCAAGUAGAGUGAAUUCCACACGUGGAACAUUUUAUAUCCAUCUGUGGGUUGUACUGGUCCUUCAGGAUAGAACACAUCACAAACUUGUCUUUAUGGCAUGGAGUACAGAGGCAUUCAAGUACUUGAAAGCAGCAGGCGUCGUGUCCAU